CUAAGGUUUGCUCAGGCGCGACAACCUUGACAUUCCCUCGCACUUUUGUCGGCAAGGGGAUGACUCCCAUAACGAACGUUUUGGAUUAAGUAUAACAACUUCUCUUCUUUUAAGACGACGGUCACAGGGAGCGCGCAGGUAAACUGUAGGCUAUGUUAUUGCUGCUGGCACGUUCAGCGCAGCCCUAUAGCUGCUAGUCAGCUGCUGUUAGAUCUUUCAAAAUACACCCUCCCUACCUAUGCAGCUGCAGCCGAUGCUACUGUUUAGGGGGGAAAUUACUAAAGACUAAAUUACAUGUGUAGGGGUCUGCAGAGAAAGUUAACUGGUCAUGCCUAAACUAGGAUAAUUGAUGUUCUAAGGUCAUUCCGUGGACAGAAGAGCGUAAAGAACUCUGGUCUGAUGUUUGAAACAUGGAGAAACAACCGCUUGUAACGACGCUCAGCUUGUCCAUGAGCCUUCUUUCUCUCAUUUUACUGGUCACCGCUAUUUUCACCGACCACUGGUAUGAAACGGACACAAGGCGACACAAAGAGAACUGCGAUCAGUAUGGCACUGACUCCAACGAUCAGAAAAACAGGGAGAUGCCCAUUUAUCACCUGCCGUUGGUUGACAGCGGCAACCCCAGGCGCAACCUGGCUCUAAUGAAACCUAUUCACGUUGGGAGUCGAGAAGAGGAAUUGCUCGAAAAUUGGAGGGCGAUUUUAGGGAUGGGGAUUCUGGAGACGGAGUGUGGGAGACCGCUGUUCUCCACCUUCUCUGGUCUGUGGCGCAAAUGCUACUUUCAAGGCAUUGACCGGGAUAUUGACAAACUAAUAUCAAAAGGUAUUGCAGAUCGUUGCACUACUGUAAAGUAUCACUUCUCCCAGCCCAUCCGGCUCAGGAACAUCCCCUUGAACCUCACCAGAACCAUCCAACAGGACGAGUGGCACCUCCUGCAUCUGCGGCGAAUCACAGCAGGAUUCCUAGGGAUGGCUGCUGCCGUACUGCUGUGCGGGAGCAUCGUGGCAACGGUAGGAUUCUUCUGGGAGGAGAGCCUAACCCAGCAUGUCUCUGGCCUCCUCUUUCUCAUGGCAGGAAUUUUCUGCACCAUAUCGCUGUGCACAUACGCAGCAAGCGUGUCCUACGAACUUGCCCGAAACCCACCGUUUAUCUACGGUCUACCCAGUGAUGUAGACCAUGGCUACAGUUGGUCAAUCUUCUGUGCUUGGAUCAGCCUGGGUCUUAGUGUUGCCUCUGGGUGCCUCUGCACAACAUAUCCCUUCCUGAGCCGCAGUAAGGCCCUUCAGUCCAAAACUGCUCGGGAAUCUUCAGUAUGAACAGCUGCCGGUACACUUGAGGAACCAUUCCAGCUCAGGUUCUGCUGAGCAGUGAAGAUGGAACUUUGGAAUACCCACAGCAACAGUUUGUUUCAAUCUCUGAAAUUUCAUAGAAAAUGUAAAUUGUUUCCUGUAAGAGACUGGUAUCCCAGCCUUGGCAAAGUCUUGGCAGGCACAAGUCCAUUACAUAGGCUAGUAUUGCUACACAUUAAGGUGAUAAUGCAGUGCGCCAGUGUUGCAAAAUGUCAUCUAAGGCCUAUUACAGUAAUCCAUGUAUGCCAACACAAAGUCCUUCUAAGCACACGCAUACUGUAUACACACGCAUUGACUUUAAUUCUAAAUCAUGUUUAUGUAAAAAGUAAACAGUACCAAUCACACAAACAUUAUGAGUAGGAAUACUAUUUAUGGGACUUUUCAUAUGAAGCCAGGUGUUGUGGCUGAAUAUUAAAUGGUCUUUACAUAUUUUGUCAUGUGACACACAACAGAACUAAUGUGGAACAGGU